AUGGCGAAACAACUGGAAAACGGCAGUGAGAAGAAGAUGGCGGAGGGAGGUAAUGAUGCAGAGCUAUUCAAGGAGAAGGCGAAUAAGUACUUUAAAGAGAAAGACUAUGAAAAUGCAAUCAAGUACUACUCAGAGGCCGUGGAGCUCAAUCCAUCCAAUGCCAUCUACUACAGCAACCGAAGCCUGGCAUACCUACGCACAGAGUGCUAUGGCUAUGCCCUGGCUGAUGCUACAAAGGCCCUGGAGAUAGACAAGAACUACAUCAAGGGUUAUUACCGCCGUGCCACCUCCAACAUGGCACUGGGCAAGUUCAAAGCUGCACUGAAGGACUACGAGACGGUAGUGAGGGUUCGACCAAAUGACAAGGAUGCAAGGAUGAAGUAUCAGGAAUGUAACAAGAUUGUGAAACAGAAGGCUUUUGAGAGAGCCAUCGCCAGCGACGAGAUAAAGAAAUCUGUUGUUGACUCUUUGGACAUUGAAAGCAUGACGAUCGAGGAUGACUACGUAGGCCCUAAACUUGAAGAUGGCAAGGUCACAUUGAAGUUCAUGAAGGAGAUGAUGGAUUGGUUCAAAGACCAGAAGAAACUGCACAGAAAGUGUGCCUAUCAGAUUUUGGUGCAAGUCAAAGAUGUCCUAUCGAAACUACCGAGUCUUGUUGAAAUCUCAAUAAAAGAGACAGAAAAAAUAACAAUUUGCGGUGACACCCACGGGCAAUACUACGACCUUCUCAACAUCUUCAACUUGAAUGGCCUACCUUCAGAGACAAACCCCUAUCUGUUCAAUGGGGACUUUGUCGAUCGUGGUUCUUUCUCUCUUGAGGUCAUUCUCACCCUCUUUGGCUUCAAGCUGCUCUUCCCCGACAACUUUCACUUGCUUAGAGGUAACCACGAGACAGACAACAUGAACCAGAUGUACGGAUUUGAAGGGGAGGUCAAGGCCAAGUACACAGCCCAGAUGUUCCAGCUGUUCAGCGAGGUCUUUCAGUGGCUGCCUCUCGCACAGUGUAUGAACAACAAAGUACUGGUAAUGCACGGGGGACUGUUCAGUGAAGAUGGCGUCACAUUGGAAGACCUCAGGAAGAUUGAAAGGAACAGACAGCCUCCAGACUCAGGUCCCAUGUGUGACCUCCUCUGGUCAGAUCCACAGCCUCAGAAUGGCCGGUCAAUCAGCAAGCGAGGGGUGAGCUGCCAGUUUGGGCCAGACGUGACAGAGCGCUUCCUGGAACAGAACAAGCUGGACUUCAUCAUUCGUAGUCAUGAGGUCAAAGCUGAGGGAUAUGAGGUCACUCACUCAGGGAAGUGCAUCACCGUGUUCUCAGCACCCAACUACUGUGAUCAGAUGGGAAACAAAGGAGCUUAUAUCCACCUCAGGGGAUCUGACCUCAAGCCAGAAUUUCACCAGUUCACUGCUGUGCCUCAUCCGAAUGUCAAGCCCAUGGCGUAUGCCAACACGCUAAUGCAGUUGGGGAUGAUGUAGAAGCCACACUAGUCUGUCUGCGACACUGACGACCUCCCAUCUGACCUGAACCAUCCCAGUCACCUCACUCCCUCCAGUGCUCGGACAUGCUCUCAUUCAUGCUUAGCCUAAGGAAUCCCUCUCCCCGACAAACUUCCGCUAGUUGUUUGCAGAUCAUACGUGUAGUUCAGAUGGGAAGAGAUCACUUAGACCAACCCAGUCCAGAACUGGGUACAUUCUUUUCAUGUUACCAGUUAAAACUGGAAAAUCCCAAUUCACGUUCCACUUUGCCCCAUCAAUGUAUUGCAUCACUGGGAAAAAGAAACCAAUCCCUGAGUCUCCUUGGAGCUGCUUGGUUUUUAAAUAUUUGAUAUACUCAGCAGAUGGGAUCGACUAGCUGGUAUGUACCAAAGAUCUGUAAUAAAAAAAAGAUUGUUCAGUUUUUACAAGGAGCGACUUGUGACUCUGAAACCUAACAUUGUACUGUUGUUGGCCUGUGUACACAGCUUAAAGCAUUGUGAAAUGGGUAGAGCAGCAUGUCUAUCAGUGUUUCUCAAACCAUCCUACAGUAUGUUUUUUCUCCUUUUUUUAUUUUACAGGAAUACAAAAAAUAAUUACAUGUAUGAUCCCAGUCUCCAAAAAAAAAAGAAAAAAGAAAAAAAAGAGAGAUUGGCUCUUGGUACACUCUGAAAGGUGCUGUUUGCCAUUAGUGGUGUAUUUAGGUAGUCCAGUCAUGUAGAUGGUAACAUGUAUUUUGCACUGCUGCACUGCUUCCCGCUGAGGAAGAUACUGCUGCUCUCCAUAUUUUCAUCCUCGACAGUCAUUGUGCCACUCACCCGGCAGCUCCCGCACAGUCUCCUUUCCAAACUCGCUUUGGUGUAAGGCAAACACUGAUGGCACUCGAGUCUCCAAUACAUGUUCAAUUAUCGGUGACCCCCAUCCCCUACUUCCCCCAUAUGUGGAUUUCUUCAGUACACAAACGUCCAAGAUGCAAUCCUGUCUUGAAACGCACAGCUGCAUUGUCCAGUGACCCUCAACUUUUUAGAUAAAAUACACUGAUGUGUAUGUAUAUAUACUGUAUCAUUUAUCGAGAUUCCGUGUAAUGUUUGGAGAAAAAUUAUUGAAUAAAAAAAUCCAGUCCAGUGA